AAAAAGAAAAUUCUGUUUGAAGUAAUUAACCUUAAUGCCAUGAAUGCCUGAGAUUGAGCAUCAUUUGCUAAAACAACUUUUAAAUAUUCCAUUUAUUUGGCACACAUAUCUGAACUACUAUUUCAUGUACUUUGCCCUUACUAAUAGAAUUAUUCUUCAACCAGUUCCUUUUUAUUUGCACAUAACACAGUGAUUCCCUGACGACUAGACAGAAACAAUUCUUAUCAUCCAAUGUCACACAAAGCAAUCGUUCUGCUUUGAUGCUGCUCUGUGCAGCUGAGCUUGCGUGUCUGUGUGGUAUAGUGAUGACCAGGCUGUCAGCAGUGGCUGGUCUGUUCAGGUUGCUGGGAAGGUCAAUAGAGGUUUGAUAGGAGGGAAUCAAUCGCUUGGCUGACAGCAAGGCCAGUAAAUGGGGGACAUGUAAACACUGUACCAAGCACUGGGCUCUACCACAGAACUCUUAAUGCGAGGUUGUCUGGAUGACUGAGCACUUGUGUCUUCUAUUGUGACUCAAGAGCGGUCUUAUCUCAAAGUAUAUAUUAAUAUUUCAUAAUGGCCUUUCCAUUAGAGUGCAGAAUAUCAGCCUUUUAGCAAUGUGUGCUGCACUCUCAUGGAGUUACGCUGAUAAAACCUUUGGAGUUUCCAAGUAUGAAAUGCAAUUUUUAUCAGGUGUUAUUUGUAACAUCUCUCACUAUCUCUCUUUUUAAUUUUAAAUUAACAAUAGACAAAACAAUGUCUGUUAAAACAGCAUUGUUUAAUGUCACAAAAGUAAAAACAAUAAUGUAAUCAGAAAUGGAAACGGUAAGAACGGGGGAUUCUUCCAAAGUGACACUGAAUACCUUUUACAUUGUUACAAAAACGUGUUGCAAAUAAAUGCUAUUCUUUCUUUAAAACUUGAUAUUCAUCAAAGAAUCCUGAAAAAUAAAUGCAUCAUACUAUCUACAAAAAUCCUAAUCAGGACAACUGAAAUUCCCAUGGAUGUCUCUCUCUUAUUGUUAAAUCAUGAACACUGAUCUUAAUUGAGGGAAGUGAGGCAUUCAGUUCUUUAGAUGUUGUUCCUGGUUCUUCUAUGACCUCCUGGAUGAGUUGUCGUUGAGCUCUUGGAGUAAUUUUGUACAUGAGUACCACAUUAGCACUGGCAUCGGCAGCAAGGCUCAGAAGUAGCGCUCUCUUUGGACCCUGACAGACGGUGUGGAGUGUGGACAGUGAGACUGCCAGACAGAAGCCUAUUAACUCCACACGUCAAAAUCAAAAAGGAAGAUGGUCAACAUGGCAAACACGAUGACCCCUGAGCCCCUUACGGCCCUCUCUCGAUGGUACUUGUAUGCCAUCCACGGUUACUUCUGUGAAGUCAUGUUCACGGCCGCCUGGGAGUUUGUAGUGAACUGUAACUGGAAGUUUCCUGGCGUGACGAGCGUGUGGGCGCUCUUCAUCUAUGGAACCUGCAUCCUGAUCGUAGAGCGCAUGUACCUUUGUCUACGGGACCGCUGCAAUGUGCUGCUCCGCUGCAUCAUUUACACACUGUGGACAUACCUGUGGGAGUUCGGCACGGGUUUGCUGCUACAACAGUUCAACGCUUGUCCAUGGGACUACUCAGAGUUUAAAUAUAACUUCAUGGGCCUGAUCACGGCAGAGUACGCUGUGCCUUGGUUCUGCGCCUCCUUUAUCGUAGAACGCCUAGUGAUCCGCAACACGCUUCGGUUGCGCUUCGACGAGGCCGUCGAUCCCAGCCAGCCUCAAGAGUGUUCAGACCGAGGAGGAGGAGGAAGAGAAGGCGGAGGACGAAGAGCACGAGGGGCCACCAGCGCAAACGGCUACGUGAAGGUGGAUUGAGGAUGAUGUCAACACCUAUCCCCAUCUCAAAGCUCCCGUCACCCAUGACUCUCUCCGCACAUCUCCCAAUCUCUCUCCCACCUGCUUCAAGGGAAAGAGUCGCUCGGACACAACUGGUGCAGCUCUAGCAGAGACAGUUGCACAACUGUGAAGAACUUUCUGAUUUAUUGUUCAACUGGCGUUCUUCGAUCUUGUGAAGGAACGUUCAUUUGCCAUCUCAGUGCUCUACGUUUACUGCCCUUGCUUUGGGGCGAGUAGCUGUUAAGUAAAAGGUU